AUGUCACAGAUUAGAGGAAACAGUGUCAAACCGUUGCGCACAAUUCGAAUUCCAUGGUUUGAUAACUCGGAUAUAAUCAGAAGUUUGAACAAAACUCUGAUCGGUAGGAUUACGAAUCCUGACACUCAGAAUGUCGGAUCAUUAGUUUCAAUGAUGCCCAAAAUCUGGAAACUAGAUGAUGAUCGUGUAACCGGUAAGGAUUUGGGUUUGGGAAAGUUCCGGUUUGAUUUCAAGAGAGAAGAAGAUAUUCUUGAAGUGCUCAAAACAGAGCCUUUCAGUUUUAACCAAUGGAUGGUUUCGAUUGUAAGAUGGGAACCGGGUGUACACAAAAACCACCCGUCUGAUAUAACGUUUUGGGUCACACUCGUUGGUGUUCCUACCCAUUUGUGGGAAGAUCGGGUUUUGAGGAGAAUCGGGGACGAGCUUGGUACGGUGAGAAGCUUUUCGGUUAUUGUGCGACUUGUUUUCGUCUUUCUCAUGAUAAAGAGUCUUGCCCUGAAAGCGACUUACACAAAGAUGUGGAGGAAGAGAGAGAUUUGA